GGGGGAAGAUAGUCUAAGCAUCAUACGAGCCCGGUGUGACUCGGGGGUGGGUUGUUUAUCCGCGACCUUUCCAAACGUGGCUGAAAAGGGAAUCGGGUGUGGCGGGGAAACUGGUUUGAGGACUCCCAAAGCCACAAAUUCUAGCGUCAGUUCUAACUCCCAAGAAACUUCUCUCGGUGCAACCCUUCUCAUCUUAACAACCCCCUCCCUUCCGUCUAACCUUACAGGCUACUUUUUUCUCCUUUUUUCCCCAAGCACCAAAACGACAAAUUUUCCACGAUGACUACAGCCCAUAGACCAACCUUCGAUCCUGCCCGCGGAAAAGAAGCUCCCAAGGGGCCGGCAUACCACCAGCGCCUCCUACCAGCGCAUACAAAGCUAAAGGUCCGGCAACCUGGUCAGGGCGGUGACGCAGACAGUGAAGUCCGAGAUCUUCGCGCAGAGCUCCUGAAAGCAGAGGCAGUGCAUUUCGCCAAGAAGGGAAAGGGGAUUUCUCCGCUGGAAGCAAACGGAGCUGGGUCUCCUGGGGAGGACGGUGAUGAUGCCGGAGGUGAACAGGGGAAAGAGAGCCUGGAAGCGAAGAGACGAAGAAUCCUAGAGGAGACGAGAGGCAUUGAUGCGGAUUCGGAUGGGGAGAGUGAUAGCGAGAGCAGUGAAGAGGACAGCGAUGAUGACGAUGAGGACGAAACUGCUGAAUUGCUACGGGAAUUGGAGAAGAUCAAGAAGGAGAGGGCUGAGCAGCGUGAGCGCGAGGAACGUGAACGAGCUGCUGAAGAGCAAGAAAAGAAAGAAUACGAUAUUGCUCGUGGAAAUCCACUUCUCAACCCUUCGGCUACAGACUUCAAGCUAAAGCGAAGGUGGGAUGACGAUGUCAUCUUCAAAAACCAAGCUCGCGGCACAGACGACAAGAAUAAGAGGAAGGAAUUCGUUAAUGACCUUUUGCGGUCGGACUUCCAUAAGCGGUUCAUGAAUAAAUACGUACGAUAGAUGGGGGCAGUGAACUUGCUGUGCUGGUGUCCUCUUAUUGCGUUUCUGUUUUCUUCUAGCCUCAUAAUAUCCUCUCGACCGGCCAAAGGCAAAUGUCUUUGUUUUCUUGGUGGUACAGAUUUGUGGCUUCCGCUCUCACCAAAUUUGUAGUUUAUAGCCCUGAGAAUAAUCUACUUUUUGCCCUUUCUA